GACCAAAAUCCUCCAUUUUCUGCCACUCCCAAAAACCUCAAGCUUUCUCUCUCUAAAAACUCCCAAAACCAUGGCUUCCAACCCAAAACGCCACCAAGCUCUGACCUUUCUCCUCCAACUAGUCUUCUUCUUCGUCGUCUCCACUGCCACUAGUACCUCUACAGCUUCACCUCCAUCAAAGGCCCCAACGGUCUUCGACGUCCUCCCCGAGUUCGGGCUCCCGAGUGGGCUCUUACCCGACUCGGUCAUCAGCUACACGCUCUCGGAAGACGGUCGAUUCGUCGUCUUUUUGGAGAACCCAUGCUACAUCGAGUUCGAUUACUUGGUCUAUUACGACAAAACCAUCAGGGGGAAGCUCAACUAUGGGUCGAUCACGGAGCUGGAAGGGAUUCAGGUCAGAAGAUUCUUCUUGUGGCUUGGUGUGGAUGAGAUCAGGGUUGAUUUGCCUCCCUCCGAUAGUAUUUACUUCCAGGUUGGCUUCAUCAACAAGAAGCUUGAUUUGGAUCAGUUUAAGACUGUUCGUUCUUGCUAUUUCGCCGCCUCUGGUUGUGGUCCCCGCUCUUGGAAGCAAUUUCUUGAGCUUCCAGCCCCCAUGGAAGAGCUCGAGAUGCUAAUUACAGAGUAGGCGCUGCUAAGCGAUGUGCGUGCAAGUAAGGGCUUUAAAAAUCCCUGGUUAAGUAUAUUUCAUCUGAAAAAAUGUAAUUGUGUAACAUGCUUAAUUUUCCAUACAUGUUACAGAAAGCUGUAUUUUAGAAGCUGUUGUUAGUUAUUACUACUAUAUUAGUAGUGAAAUGUCAACUGUAUAAAGUAAUCAUGUUAGAGUUA